AUGAUCAGUCACUGGCGAAAUGUUGCGACUGGCACUCGUUUGGAUUUGUUGUCUCGCCCUCUGCGGUGGCUGGAGCCGGAGCCUGCCGCUGUGGCGGAAUCGUGAGUCCGGAGAUCUCACAGGGAAACCAACUGAACGGGCGGAGCGUCAGCGUUUCCUGCUCGAUUUGCUGCUGCAAGUGCACAGGCCUCUGCUGCAGCAGGAACUGACAGCCAUGGGGAGUCGCCUCAACGAGGAGCCAAGUGAUUACCAAGAGGGUGCCAUGCGGCGUCUAAAAGGCUUCCUGGGUAGGGUGCAGGGGAAUAAAGUUCCUCGACCCUUUGGAAUCUUCAGUCAGCUGGAUGAGGCGAUGCCCGAGCACCUGCUGGGCGUCUAUCGGUUUCUGGUGCUCGCCAGGGACUGGCACGCAUUCCAGCGGAACGCCUGCUAUGCCAGGGUGCACUUUCACCCCAUUCUCUUUGUGAAUGCCCUCCAACUGGCAGUGGAAGACAGAGACGACACCAGGCACCUGAGACUGCCGGCCAUGUAUGAAGUGCUGCCGCAGCUGUACUUCGAGAAGGAGGUGAUUCUGGCUGCCCAGGACGUGGCCUGGCAGCAACUAACUCCCACUAGGGCUGUGAGUCCCAGGAGCGGUUGGAUGGACAUCCUCCGAGGGUACCUCCGUGCCAGGAUAACCGCUGGACCGCUGGACAAGGAGGAACUAAUGCCUGCGGAUCCAGUGGUCAUCGAUGAUGAGAGGCCAGUGGCCCAUCUCAGCUUCGAUGUGCAGCUGAGCGCCUACUGGAACAAGCUGAUCAACCGGCUGAUUGUCUCAAUCGAGGAGUGGAGGGAGUCGGAGAGGGAUCAGCGGAUUGUAGACGGGGACCGCCUGAUGGCGUUUCGGGGACCCGCCGAUGAACUCAGAUUUGGAUAUCAGUCACAGGAGGGACUCCAUGCCGAGUUCCCUCGGCUACUUUUCUCCAGUAUCGAGCAGUUCGUGGCUGCCUUGACGCUGGAAGACGUCGCCACGGGCCAGAGAUCAAUGGGGCUGAUUGAUCCGCCGCUGAUCACAACCGGGGGAGUUCCCUUCAGAGGCUCCUCCAUGGACACAGAAGGUGUGAGCCGUGUCCUCAACCACACCAUUGAACGGCUGCAAGCACAGAUCAACGACGCAGUGGGCAGGGACCCCCAGUCCGCUGACAAUCUCAUCAUUGCACAGAAUUUGGUGGCCUCGCAGUAUCUAACUAUCUGCCGGGACCUGAGUCUGGCCAUAAAUGAUCCUGAGCCAGGUCAACCCAACCUGCUGGGCUUGGCCACAGCCAACCUGAGAGAUCCCAUCUAUCGGGCGCUGCUCUUCCGCCUCAAUGGGCUGGUGUCCAGCUAUGAAGUGCGCCCAGGCCCCCGCUCGGUCAGUCCGUUGCAGAAGCCAUCCGUGGAAGCGGUUGCCUUCAGUCAGCUGCGCACCUUUGAACAGAUUGUCGACACGGAUCUCAUCAAUCUAAUGGACCAGCAGCUGCUGCAGACCCACCGUAAUAACUUGAAAUCUUUGCGACGCCGUCUUGUGGCCCGGCAACGUCGUCUCAAUCAUGGAGACUUCCAUGUAACCCUUGAGCUAUCGGCCCCAGCUGAGAUCUCGGUACAAACAGACCUCUAUCUGGCCCUUCGGAAUCAGUCCAGGCCCCGCCUGCAUCUGGAUGGCUUUGUCAGCACUUUGGCAAAGGGUAUCACCGUGUUCCAGCGACAUUUUUCAUCCAGCUCACACGUGGGAAGCAGUCCCACAAUGAGCCAACUAUACGACGCCGAUUUCCCAACGACAGCUGGCACCCGCUCCUACGGACUUCCGCCACAUCUUCUGCUGCCGCGGGGAACGGAGGAGGGCCUCAAACUCCAACUGAUCAUAGAGCUUAGUGAGCCAGGCCUGGAAAAUGAGUGGCCUGGGGCUGUCCUGCACAAAGAGACGACCGAUGUGGUAAUCUUUCACCAUUAGGCACAGCCCGAUUAAGCUGUAAUAUAUGCUAAGUGAUUGCUAAUUAAUUAAACUCCCUGCCACGCCUAUUGUUGGCCCAAUGCAA